AUGGGAAUGAUUAGGAAUAAAGGAAGUAAGCCGGGGGCAGAAGAAUUGAGGGUGCUGGGGGGUCAUCAUGCCAAAAGUCUGCUUUUAGAUAAAUUUCGUCAAUUGCCUUUUGAAGAAAAACAGGCCAAAAAAGAUGAAUUAAAUAACUUAAUCGAGAAGGAUGCUUAUGAAAUAGGAUAUUCAUGGGAGCAUUUGCCUAAUCAUUUUUAUCGCAGUUUUUUAGCCAUUGCCUCAACCUUGAUUUAUCACUGGGAUAAUUUUGGUCAAAUUGAUAAUUUUGAUGGAGAAAUCUUGUCGGCAUCCUGGCGUAUAUUUGAGAAUUUUGGCGAUAUCUUUCAUUGCCUAUUUGAUUAUGCUGAUUAUUCUAUCUCUCGGGGGAGAGUUAAUGCUUUCCUCAGGCUUCCAGAGAAAAAUGAUAAUUUAGAGGUGUUAAAAAAUUAUAAUCGUACUUUCAUCCCCGCUAAACUAAACCGCUUAAUUGGCAAAAAUGGGGCUGGUAAAAGCACUGUUUUAUACCUCUUAUUAGGAAUGUUGGUGCCCCAAAAAGGUCAAAUAAUCAUUACCGAUGACCAAGGAAGUAAAUAUAGUCUUCACCAGGAUAUUAAUUUGAAAUAUUGGCGGGAAAAUAAUAUUGCUUACUGUGCUCAUGAUACUUUAAUUGAAGAGGGUUCUACCGGCCAAAAACAAUUAGCCAAUAUUAACCAGACCCUCGAGCAAAAAAAGGGGGUUCAAAUCUUUUGUUUUGAUGAAGCCGAUAAUGCGUUAGACCAGGACAACCAAGAAAAAAUCCAAGAAAAAAUUAAGGAAUUAA